AUGCUCGGUAUGGUUGCGAUACCCCGCAUAUGCGCUGAUAUCCUCUACCAACCCCUCACUCUGCUCGACUGUCUUCAUACAUACUGCGGCUCGUGUCUGAAAGAAUGGUUUCGCUUCCAGGCUGAACGGGUUGGACGGGCUCCUACCCCGCCACCGCCAGACGCCAUCAUCUUCACCUGUCCAUCAUGUCGGAGUUCAGUGAGGGACACGCGGCAUAAUGCCACCGUGGCGACUCUCCUGGAGAUGUACACGGCGGCCAACCCCGCCAAAGCUCGGUCAGACGCCGACAAGAAAGAGAUGGAGGAAAAAUACAAGCCUGGCGACCAGGUCAUGCCCAAGGUCAAGACUCGUGAACGGACCGCCGAAGAGAAGCGGGCCGAGGAAGAAGACCAGAGGCUGAUAGAUGAGGUGAGAGAGCUGAGUCUGCAAGAAGCCAUUGCCGCUGCCAUGCCAGAAGAAUCACAGGCGAGGACGGCGGCGAGGAGACAGGCAGACGGGCGGUCUCGAUCGAGCUCAGAUUACAGAUCAGAGGGUCGAUCGCCGCGGCCAGCAAAUGGCAGGGGAGAGAAUGGCCGGAGCAACUCUGACUACUUGACGGCAGACGGAGACUCACAAGCUCGAAGAAGGCGUAGUGAGUCUCGGCAACGCCAAGUUGAGCACCAGUCGUCACUGAGAUCGUUGAUCGGGUCUGAGAUGAGCGAGCGGGAUAUCCAGAAGGAGAUUGAAGAAUUUGCACGACAGAUCCAAGAAGAGGGUCUGUUGGAUGGCCUUGAUCUCGAUAACAUUGACUUGAGCCGGGAUGAUGAACUCAGUCAACGCAUCACCGAGGCGUAUAGGAGGCGCCAAAGGGGCCGCUCGAGACAAGAAGAGAGGAGGGCCGGCUCGCGCUCACGACAUUCUGCAUCUGCAUCGAUGGAUUCCAGACUGCGGCCCGACAGCGCCAGGCAUCCAAACCAGCAUCGCUCACACUCACGAUCAAUAAGUGAAGUGGGAGAUCGGAGUAGGCCUCCGAUAUCAUCUUCCGCAAGCCUUGGCGUCCGAGAGCCUGAGAGGAGGACCAGGAGGCGAACCAACAGCGGUGGGCAGGUGAACGCUUUGGGAGCCAUGUCUCUCUCUACCAUGGACGCAAGGCCUGCCGCUCAUUCUCAGAACGACUUAACCCUCAGAAAUCCAAGCAACUAUGAUCCCACGGCAUCAGUGCCGGCUCUGAGAAUUGGCCGAAGUUCCAGUUCAACCGGAAUACCUGUUUCUACUCAAACUGCCGAUGCACCAGCAAACGGUAGUGCGAACAAUGCCUCGUUUGCCAGUCGAGCGCAAACCCUUCCAUCGGCCCCUUCUCAAACAAGUCUAAUCACUCCCGACUUGAUAGAGCUGGGAGCUGCGCGAAAUUCCAAAUCGAACCGCCCAGCUGAUGUGGCUAGUCUUCCCAGUUCUUUGGUGUCCAGCCCUGUUCAAAGCCCAACGGCGACCUCGGGGCAUCAACGCACUCGGCAGCUUUUUGAGGAGCCUUCAAUCAGCUGCUCGCGAUGCAAAAAGUCUGAUAUCCAGUAUGACGUGCAUUACAACUGCAAAACGUGCGAGGAUGGCUACUGGAACAUUUGUGUUGACUGCUACCGGUCAGGCAAAGGCUGCCUACACUGGUUUGGGUUUGGUCACGGGGCCUGGAAGAAGUGGGAGAAGCGCAAACAGGCUGAUGAAUUGAUUCCCAUGCCUCACAUAUUGAACGCUGGCCGCUAUCUGCGCCCUACAUCGACGACUAUGAGCUCAGAUGGCAAGAAAACGUUGACGAGUGACGAUCCCAAGUUGAGACUGGAGACGGGCACGUUUUGCUCACGAUGUUUUGCUUGGGCCAACGAGUGUUUUUGGCGCUGCGACGUUUGCAAUGAGGGCGACUGGGGAUUCUGCAAUAGUUGUGUGAACCAGGGCAGAUCAUGUAACCAUAAGCUUCUGCCGAUGGCCCAUGAAGGGACGCUCAAGCCUACAUAUCAACCUCGCAAUCUCAAGCCGUUAAGCCGACCCUCCACGGCAACAAUCAUUGCAGCAUCACCCAUAUCCGGCAUUGGGCUGUUCAGGCCACUCGAGUUCAAUUGCAAGUGUGAAAUUUGCAAAGAUACCAUUCCACCAUCGCAGUCGAGAUAUCAUUGUUUCGGCUGCACAAGUACGGCUGUUGAAGAUGCUACUCCUGGAGACUUUAAUAUCUGCUUCUCCUGCUACGGCGACCUGGAAUCAAAGGGAGAUGUAAGUGAAGAGAAUGGCUCGUCGGGCUGGAGAAGAUGCCCCAGUGGUCACAGAAUGAUUGUUCUCAAAUUCCUAGAAGGCAAGGUUGGCCAAUGGCGAUAUGUGGAGAGAGAUGUCGUUGGUGGGAGAGCCCUUCGCAUGGAGCCUCUCGAGAAUAUUGCGCAUCCUGAUUUCCAGAAAUGGUCGUGGUAUGAUGGAAGUGAAAAACUGGAGCGCCUCGCCACUACAAAGGUAUCGGCAACAGCCCCGGAGAGCUUUGGCGAAAUAACUUAUACGCGGACCUUCCCGCCUGAUGGUGGUUGCGGGCUGAUGGCCCAUGCAAUGUGGGCAUGGUAUCCAAAAUCCGGCAAAGAGGACGACCUACUCUUUCCUCGAGGGGCUAGCAUUGAUGAAGUAAGGGAUAUCAACGGGGACUGGUUCUUUGGGGCUUAUAUGGGUGCCAAGGGCAUGUUCCCAGCACCAUACGUCCAUCUACCACAGCAGCCAUGA